AUGGAUAAGAAGAAAUCUGUUUCCAGAACACCCACUGAUGGGACUCUCGCUAAUAUUCCUGAAGUUAUAGAUCCAGGUAUUACUAUCCCAAUAUACGAAGAAACUCUUGAUAAUCAAUUAAGUGGGCAUCAAACUCAAAAAUUAGGUUCGUAUAGAUCCCGUGCAGGCAAAUUCUCAAACACUCUAAGUAAUUUAUUACCUUCUAUAAGUGCAAAAUUACAUCAUUCAAAGAAAAAUGGUAAAAAUUUAUCAGUUACCGAUGAUGAAUCAAACAAUAGUUCUGAAUCAACCGUUGAUAUGAAAUCAAAAAAUUUCAUCGCUGGAUUACCAUUAGAAUCAGCCGGUCGCUUGACUCCACCGCAAGAAAUUGACAAUUUGGCCAAUUUCCCAGAUCAUUCAAAUUAUAUGUUAAAUCCACAGCCAAGAUCGUCAAAUGAUUUCACUAGCCAAUUACCCCAACAAAUAUCAAGAACUAGAAAUAAUACCAUCUCUUCACAAAUCACAUCAAUGUCUUCUAUCGCACAGAGUGCCGCUCCUUCAACUAAUCCUUGGGGUUCAACAAACGCUAAUCCACUACCCACGAAUGAUCCUUUACAACAGCAUAUCUUACAACAAAUAGGCUCAAACAAUAACAAUAAUGCCACCACCAGCAAUAAUAACGCUUCUUUGAAUGACUACACAAAAUCUGCAUAUUACGAUGCCUUAGUGCCAUCUAUCUCCAAUAAUAUACCUACGGAAAAUAACAUCAAUACAACUACAGGAGGUGGAACUGUCGUUAAUAACCUUACUGUCCCAACAUCAAAUAACAAUGCAAUGUGGGUGAACAGGCAACGUUCACAAUCAAAUACUUCCAGUAUCUACAUGGAUGCUCAGUUUUACGAUCAACAACAACCAGCUAGAACACAAGCUAUAUCCAAUUUUGCAAUGGCCCCACAAGGUGCUGAACCACCUUUGGUAAGUGAUGAAAUUGAUCCAAGAUCCAUAAACUGGGUCUCCAUGGAUCCAAGUGUCCCUUCCAUAAAUCAGAUUGGUAACUUAUUACCAACAAACACCAUCUCAAUUUCGAACGUUUAUCCAUUACAGCAUCAGCAACCCCUUCUGAAUAAUGCUGUCAAUCUAACUAGUACUUCUUUGGCAACUUUGUGUUCCAAGUUUGGCAGAGUAAUCUCUGCUAGAACUUUGAAAGGAAUUCAUAUUGCUCUAGUAGAAUUCGAAACUGUUGAAAGUGCUCUCCGUGCUCUUGACAAUUUACAGGGAAAAGAAGUUUCCAAAAUUGGUGCUCCAAGUGCCAUAUCGUUUGCAAAGAUAUUACCAAUGCAUCAAAAUUCUACUACUUAUAUGGUACCCCAAGCUAUCAACGAAAAAAAUGGCCCACAGCCUUUAUUGCAAGAACAAUUAUUUAAUGGUUCAGUAACUUUCCAACAACACGGAGGAAUCUCCAUUCCUGUCUUCAACCAAUACCAUCAUCCACAGCAACAACAGCAACAGCAACAGCAACAGCAACAGCAACAACAACAGCAGCAACAACCACCCGCUGAAAUACAGCAACCAUUAGGCCAUAACUAUUCAUAUUCUGCUCACACAAUUUCAGAAAAGGAACAGUGUCCAUUCCCAUUACCUCCACCUAAUGCCAAAGACCAAAAGCAAGAAUUAAAAAAAAUCAUCGAUUCAUUUGAAACAAAACAUGACUCCUUACAAAUUCAAAAUUUAUUAACAAAAGUUUCUAAAUUUGAUGGUACCUCAGAUACAACAAAUUUCGGUCCCUUACCUGAGUCAUUAACUACCAAACAGUUUGAUGCACCUAAAUUGCGUGAAUUGCGUAAAAGCAUCGAUUCAGAUUCUAUGUCAAACUUAGAAUUAGAACAGUUAGCUUUGGCUAUGUUGGACGAGUUACCAGAAUUGAGUUCAGAUUAUCUGGGUAAUACCAUUGCACAAAAGUUAUUCGAAUGCUCUUCUGAUAUUGUUAAAGACAUUAUGCUUAGGAAAACAAGUCCUUAUUUAACUUCCAUGGGGGUUCACAAAAAUGGUACAUGGGCUUGUCAAAAAAUGAUAACUAUGGCAACUUCUGCAAGACAGAUUAUGUUAGUCACAAAGGGUAUUGAGAAAUACUGUACACCACUUUUUACAGAUCAAUUCGGGAACUAUGUUAUCCAAUGUGUCUUGAAGUUUGGAUUCCCAUGGAAUAGUUUUAUUUUUGAAAGUAUUAUUGCUAACUUCUGGACUAUUGUACAAAAUAGAUAUGGUGCUCGUGCUGUUAGAGCGUGCGUAGAGGCCCACGAUGUUGUCACCACUGAACAGACCCUAGUUUUGAGCAGUAUGAUUGUGUUAUAUGCAGAAUAUUUGGCCACCAAUAGUAAUGGUACACUUCUACUAACCUGGUUCUUGGAUACUUGUGUCUUACCAAAGAGACAUUCCAUUUUGGUUCCUAGAUUGAUUGAUCAUAUCCUAGACUUAUGUCGUCAUAAAUUGGCAUCACUAACUGUCCUUAAGAUUCUAAAUUUUAGAGGAGAUGAUAGUGCAAGAAAACAAACGUUACAAGCAAUCUUUGGCGAUCAAAAUUCUGAUGAGCCUCCAACGCAGCUGCAACAAAUCCUUCAUGAUACGAAUUAUGGACCUACAUUCAUCUACAAAGUUCUGUCAAUGCCAUUAUUGGAAGAUGACGUCAGAUCUCACGUUAUCAAUCAAGUACGCAAGAUACUCACGGAGAACCCACCGCCACAACAACAUCGUCGGUUGAUGGAAGAAGUCGGUCUAACUCCAGUUAACGUGCAAGCGCAGAAUUUACCUACCAAACAUAGGAAAAGUACUUCACAUGCAUUUACACCAGAUUCAACAGCUAACCAUAUUAGGGGCUUAUCCAUGUCAAGUGUUCGCAGCAGUGGUAAUCCGGGGGCGAACAAUGGCGCCUCUAGAGCUUCCAGUCUGAUGCCUCUAGCCGCAGCGAACCAGGCAGCAAUGACAUCUGCAGCGCCACCUGGCAAUCCUCUAGCGUACUAUAAUUAUCCAGGUGUAUUUCCAAGCGGGUAUACUGGUUCCAAUACAUACUUAAUGAAUAAUGAUGAAUUAACCUCACAGCUAGAAAUGUUGAACUUGAACAAUAAUAACACGCCAAUAUCGUUACCAAAAUUAAGUUUUGCAAAUUCCAGUACUAUACUGGAUCGUUCAAAUGGUACCAAUGCCGGUGUUGAUCAAGGUGCGUAUGGUUUCUGA